AUGGAUACCAUUGUGGACACCUCUGUAUUUCUGGGAAAAUUUCUAUAUUUCUUUUUAGAGGCUUUUGCUUACAAGAUAAUCCCCAAGAGAAAAAAGAGUGUUGCUGGAGAGAUAGUGCUUAUAACAGGAGCGGGAAGUGGACUAGGGCGGAAAUUGGCCAUGCAUUUUGCCAGGCUUGGAGCCAUUUUAGUUCUGUGGGACAUUGAUGAAGAAGGCAACAUGGAAACGUGUAGACUGGCCAAGGAAAAGAGCGCCGUGAAAGCUUUCGCCUAUACUUGUGACUGUAGCAAAAGACGAGACAUCUACAGAGUCGCUGAUCAGGUCAGAAAAGAAGUUGGCGAUGUGACCAUUCUCAUUAACAACGCCGGUGUGGUAACAGGACAGACCUUUCUGGACACUCCGGAUCACAUGAUAGAGAGAUCAUUCCUCGUCAAUGCCAUAUCUCAUUUCUGGACAUAUAAGGCCUUCCUUCCUGCCAUGAUUAAGGCUAACCAUGGUCACCUGGUCUGCAUUGCAAGUGUAGCAGGACUAGUUGGUUUUAAUAGACUAUCAGAUUAUUCUGCAAGUAAAUUUGCAGCCUUUGGCUUUGCUGAAUCUCUCUUUUUUGAAUUAUGUGUGUUAAAGAAAACUGAAAUUAAAACUACCAUUAUUUGCCCAUCUUUAAUCAACACUGGAAUGUUUGAGGGCUGCAAAACCAAGCGUCCUUUUCUAUUACCAUUACUGGAGCAGGAGUAUGUGGCAAAAAGAAUUUUAAAUGCUAUUUUAGAAGAACAAGUUUAUGUACUGAUCCCCAAAUUUUUAUAUUACGCUUUGAUCCUUAAACAAAUAAUAUCUCCAAAAAUGUCAAUUGCCCUUACUGAGUACCUUGGAGUGGACACUUGCAUGGCUUCUUUUGAAGGGAGAAAGAAAGAAAAAGAACUUCAGACUGAAAGAGAAAACACCAAUAACUGA